GGCUGUUCUGGUUCUGUGACAAGAUACCAAGAGGCCACAAGUUUGAUCCACAGAACACACUCACAGAUGGGAGGCGAGGAGACAGAGGAAAGUAGGAGGAGGAGGAGGAUGGAGAAAUAGUGAACUAGCGGACUCUCUAAUCUGCCUGUCUGCAAGAAGAAGGGAGAGAAAAUCAAGUCACAUGUGCUGUUGAGUGCCAGAGGAGGGGGAGACAGUAAUUAUACAGGGAUUGAGUAAGGGACAGAGAAAGAAAAAAGAGAGAGAUAUCAAGAAGUUACAAACAGAGCAAGAGAUGGGUUGAGAAAGGGAGGACACAAUGAGAGAGGAGAGAAAGAGAAAAGAAAAGAGAACAUAAGAAAGGACAGUAAGAGGCCAAUAGGUUGCCCUGUGAAUACUUUCUGUGAUGCUGGAUCUCCUGGAUCACUGAGAUUUACACACUCUGCAGGACUCUCCAUAUGCUAGUAGAGUGGUUUGUAUCCUCUUACAGCUGGAAACUUCGCAUCUAUUUUGCUAUAUGGCAGUUUGCACAUGUGGAGUAUUUUGUCGUUGCAGUUCACAGGAUUGGCUUACAACAGUGUGUGCUUGUACUUCCCUGUGAGACAGAAAUAAGAUGGCAGCCCUUCGUCUCUCUCUUGCUCUCGUUUUCCUCUUUUCCUCUCCCAUACAAGCCCAGUGGUGGAGUUUAUUCUGGGAAAGUCCUCAAACCAACUCCAAAUCUUUUCCUUCUACCAUUCCUCCCUUUGUUACCUCUCCAUCCAUCUCCUCACCUGGCCUUUCUGACACGCCAGGGACACCAGAGUGGAUGGGAACGGACAGGGUGACAGAGAAAGCUGUGGAGGGAAGCACUCAACCAAAUGGGUCUGAACUGCCUGUUACACCCAGCCCUGAAGUGCUGAUCCCUGACCAUAGCACUGAGGAGCCUGGGGCGUUGCCUGCAGAGGAGACUGCAGGUGGAGGCAGCAAAACCAGGUCCCAGUACAAACCACUGAAACACUGGAAGAGUGAUCAAGGCUCAGGGAGUCAUCUGGACCUAACGGAGUUAAUUGGCAUCCCCCUCCCUCCCUCAGUCUCCUUCACUCCUGGCUAUGAGGGUUUUCCUGCCUACAACUUCGGGCCUGACGUCAACAUUGGACGGCUCACCAAGACCUUCGUGCCAGGAUCCUUUUACAGGGACUUUGCUAUUAUUGCCACGGUGUGUCCAGCCAGCCAAAGAGGAGGGGUGCUAUUUGCCAUAACAGAUGCCAAUCAGAAGGUGGUGGAGCUGGGGUUGACCCUCACUCCAGUCCAUGGGGGCCUCCAGAGUAUCUUACUGUACUACACUGAGAGAGAGCAGCCUUCCCACAGCCACAAAGCUGCUGCAUUCAGCAUCCCAGAUAUAACCAACCAGUGGACACGGUUCACAGUGGUGGUGGAGCAUGAUGAGGUGCGUCUCUACAUGGACUGUGGAGAGGCGGAGAAGGCUCCUUUCCAUCGGACGGCAAGCAGACUCAGUUUUUCUCACAACUCAGGCAUCUUUGUAGCAAAUGCAGGAAGUACAGGGCUUGAGAAGUUUGUGGGCUCCAUUCAGCAGCUGGUGAUAAAAGACGAUCCGAGAGCAGCUGAGGAGCAGUGUGAAGAUGAUGAUCCUUAUGCUUCAGGAUAUGCCAGCGGAGAUGACGCUCUGGAAGACAGAGAGACAGAGGAAGAAAAAGUGAAGAACACACAGGAGAGGAAACAUGGUACAGCAAAGGGGGAGGAAAGUGUUCCAGUUAGAGCUCCGCCCACUAAGGGUGAGGUGGAGCCUGAUGGUUAUUCUGGUCACAUGACAGAGGCCAUUGAAGAAAUGGUGAUACGAGGGCCACACCGGACAGAUGAGCCAGGAGAAAGAUUAGAUGGUCAUGUCACGCCUGGGUUAAAAGGAAAGCAUGGGGAUCGUGGACCACCAGGACCUACCCCUCCACCUGGGCAAGCUCAUCCUGAAUCAAGGGGGCCACAAGGACAACCAGGGACCCCCAGUUCCCCUGGACUCCCAGGGAAAGAUGGGCAGCAGGGAAGCAAGGGCGAUCCAGGUCAGAGAGGACCUCAGGGAUUUCCAGGGUUGGAUGGAGAAGCUGGAGCCAAAGGAGAGAAGGGUGACCCUGGAGUUAGCAUACCAGGCCCUCCUGGCCUGCCUGGGCCACCUGGACCCCUCAGGUCACACAGUGUACCUUAUGGAGCAGAUGCCCUGGGUUCUGGGUAUGAAGACCUAGAAAGUGACACUGAAGUUAUCAGGGGUCCUCCAGGUCCACCAGGGCCUCCAGGACCUCCUGGUCCCCCUGGAUCCAACCUGUCAUCAUCUGACACAGCUGAAGCUGGCAGAGACGGACUCCCAGGAAAACCUGGAAUACCAGGUCCAGCAGGAAAGGAUGGAGCUCCAGGUCUACCAGGAGCUGUGGGAGAGAAGGGUGACCAAGGGUUACCUGGACCACCUGGGCCAAAGGGUGAAUGUGGGUCCCCAGGCCCCCCUGGUCCACAGGUGAAGAGAGGCCCAGUAGGGCCCCCAGGACCCCCUGGACCUCCCGGGCCUCCAGGAUCCAAAUUCUUUGUAGAGGAUAUGGAAGGAUCUGGGAGGAGUGACAUGCUCGUUGGACCAGGAGUCAGAGGCCCACAGGGUUCCCCUGGCCCACCUGGCCCACAGGGUCCAAAGGGUAGAGAUGGUGCCCCUGGCCCCCCAGGCCUCUCUGUCAAGGGCGAACCAGGGGACCCAGGAUCAGUGGGUCUUCAGGGUCCUGCUGGGUUACCAGGUCCAAGGGGACCCAAAGGAGAAAAAGGCAGCCCAGGGCUCAAGGGUGAUCGUGGUGCUGAUGGACUCAGCAUCCCAGGACCACCUGGGCCUCCUGGGCCUUCUGGACCUGUUCUUAAUCUGCAGGAUCUGCUCCUCAAUGUUACAGGGGGUAUUUUCAACUUCACUGAGAUCAGAGGACCACCAGGACCCAUGGGCCCUGAAGGCUUGCAUGGCAGAGCUGGAUUUCCUGGCCCCAGAGGACCCAAAGGAGACAAAGGGCCUCCAGGUGUACAGGGGCCAUCAGGGCUCAAGGGAGAAAAAGGAGAACCCGGGGUGACCAUUGCUGCUGAUGGAGCUCUCUCAUCUGCGCCGAGAGGCCCCCAGGGGCCCAAGGGCAUUAAGGGUGACCGUGGGUUCCCAGGACCACCUGGAGUUAUGUUUAUCUUCCCUGGUCGCCCAGGACGACCUGGUGUGCCUGGAAAGAAAGGCAAUAGAGGAGAUUCUGCUGGCCUACCAGGACCCCCAGGUCCUCCAGGCCGCCCUGGACUUCCAGGAAGGAUUCUUGGUCUGAAUGGAACAGUGUUUCCAUUGCGCCCCAGACCGCACUGCAAAAAGCAACGAGAGUCAGUAACGAGGGGACAUUCAGUUGGAGCUAAAGGAGACAAAGGGGAUGAGGGCUUAUCUGGAGAGCCAGGCACACCCGCACCUGGGUUUCCAGAGGUACUUGUGGGUGCUCGAGGUGAUCAGGGAUACAAAGGUCAAAAGGGAGAAAAGGGGGACACUGGUCCUCCUGGAUUUCCAGGGAGGUCAGGACUUGUGGGCCCAAAAGGUAAGUCGAUUGUGGGUCCACCAGGUCCUGCCGGUCCUCCUGGCCUGCCUGGAGCUCCUGGUUUCGGACGACCUGGUCCUCGUGGGCCCCCUGGCCCUGCUGGACCCCCAGGACCUGCACCUGCCUAUGGAUCCGCUGUCAGUUUCCCCGGCCCUCCUGGGCCUCCUGGUCCACCAGGACAUGCCAACCCAGUGACCACCUAUAAAACAAAGGACUCUCUAAGCAGAGACAGUGACCAGUCUGCACAAGGAACCCUGGCUUAUGUGUCUGAGAAGGGAGGACAGCUAUACAUCAGAGUGCACAAUGGCUGGCAAAAUAUCCAGCUUGGAGAGUUGAUCCAUCAUGGACCUUCCUCCUCAGCAUUAUCUCAGGCUCUCAGCAGACCUGGAGAGUGGAGUAGACCACACAGGAUCCAUAGCCAGGAGCUGCAGCAGGGCAGUAGAGGUUAUCAGCCCAGCUAUAACGUACUACCACAGACCUUCAACACUGUAUCUGGGCUCCACCUGGUAGCUUUGAACACCCCUCUGAGAGGAGAUAUGCGUGGCAUCCGUGGGGCAGACUUCCAGUGCUACCAGCAGGCUCAGUCCAUGGGGCUAACAGCCACAUACAGGGCCUUCCUGUCUUCACACCUCCAGGACCUGGCAACCAUUGUGAGGAAGGCAGACAGCAAUGACAUGCCAGUGGUGAAUCUCAGGGGAGAUGUUUUGUUCAGUAGUUGGACAUCCAUCUUCUCCGGGAAUGGAGGCACAUUUAACCCAUCCACACCUAUCUACUCCUUUGACGGACGUAACAUUAUGACUGACACAGCAUGGCCAGAGAAGUUGGUAUGGCAUGGCUCCAGUACUGUGGGCAUCCGCAUGACCACUAACUACUGUGAGGCGUGGAGGACAGCUGACAUGGCGGUGACAGGCCAGGCUGCCCUGCUGCAGACAGGACGACUGUUAGGACAACACACCCGUUCCUGCUCCAACCACUACAUAGUGCUGUGUAUAGAGAACACAUACAUGGGCAACAUCCAUCCAAGGAGGACCUGAACAGACAUCAGAAACACAAACACAUAUGCAGGUGUGGUGAAAGUAGAACAUGUGACACGGUGCACAUGAAACACGUGCAGGAACAUAGAGACAUUAUGUUGACAUCUCACUGUACACAGACAGAGCACACAUCUGUUCACCUGUGCAGAUAAAACAUGCAAACAUGUGAACAUGCAGAAGCAGGCUCCUACACUUAAGCACACAACAUCCACACACGAUGUUGCCACAUAUCUGUCCAUGUCUAAAUUAGAAUGAUUUAUAUUCACUAUACUGUAAACAUGUAACAGCACAGCAUGUCAUCACUGAGGACUUAGUGAUUUAUCUACAGAUUCCAGUGUUUAAAUGAACGUGGUUGGCAUUAUUUCGUUGUAUGUGUUACAACGACAAUAAAGGAUAAUCUUAUCUUAUUAUUAACUGAUACAAUCAGAGUAGAGCUGAGUAUCUUAAAGGACCAACCAAUGUUUUGUUUUCUCUCUAGCCACAAAAUAUAUGUACUUUAUAUUUCUGCCUCUGAUUCAUCAUUGUUUAAAAGAUACAGUUGGUCAUUUUCUAUAUUAACAGUAUUUUCAACACUUUCCAUAUAGAGACUAAAACCAAC